AUGGAGGGCCAUUCGAUCUACGUCGUCUCUUUCAAUUGCGGCCGCACACAGAUCAGUGCGAAUAAAUUUGCGUCCUACAUCUUUUACGCCCUCUCAGACUCGUCCAGACCUCCUCAAUUUCUCGUCCUUUGCCUUCAAGAAAUUGCACCUAUUGCACACUCAUUCAUUGGGGGCUCGCUUCUUGAGCCGUACCUUAAGAAAUUCGAACAAGCAGUUGAUAUUGCUGCUUCUUCUCUUCAAAACUCGUCUUAUGUCAAGGUGGCAAGCCAAAAUGUCGGGAUGACAGGUAUCUUGGUCUUUGUACUGAAGGACCAGAUUAUGAAUAUUGAAAGCCUAGAAACGGCCGAAGUGGGCGUUGGGCUCUGGGAGAUGGGAAAUAAGGGAGCAGCGGGGGUACGAAUAAGCUACAAUGUGGGCAAUCAUACUAAGACUACAAUGAAAUUUGUCGCAGCUCAUUUAGCGGCAAUGGAGUGGGAUGUAGAGCGUCGCAACGAAGACUGGAAGAACAUAGUCAGACGCCUGGUCUUUGAGCCCGUUGGUCGGUCGAAAGCGCCUGCGGAAGAGCAGAACACCGAUAAUGACCAUAUGGAUUCGGAGACUGCACCCUUGAUAUCGCAGAACGUUAGCUCCGAACCAAGGUCUGAGUCUGCACAAAUCGGUAUGUAUGAGCCUAGCAGUCACCUCGUUUUCGCAGGCGACCUAAACUACCGCACUGCAUCGUCCAGCCCAAGUCUCACCGAUACAUUUUCAUUUCCACAACCGAGCGAGGACGAAUCAUAUCCGCGGCACUACUGGCACCUCCUGUCUUCAGACCAGCUAGCAGCGGAGAUGAAAGCGGGCAGAACAUGCCAUGGACUUAAGGAGGCACCCAUAGACUUCCCACCGACCUACAAAUACAGUGAUACGGCUCGACAGAAGAUAGCAAGUGCGGAAGUGAAGUCGGAAGAUAUGGACAGGGUGGACGAAGGCAAAUGGUAUUGGUCUGAUCACCGGUGGCCAAGUUGGUGUGAUAGGGUUCUCUAUCUUGACUCGCCGCCCUGGUUGAAUGAGGGCAAAGUGGUUGUCAGUGGUUAUACAGCUUUGCCGUUACUGAGCUCAAGCGACCAUCGGCCAGUAGCCUGCGCGCUCGAAAUACCAGCAGUCGUGAUAGCGAAACCCAAUGAACAGCAGGAGGACGUGAGGUACAAUCCGCCUUUUGAGAUUGAUCCAGCUUGGAAGCAGCGGAGAAGAAUUGCUCGACGUAAGGAGAUCUUGAUCGGAGUUUUUGCACUCUUGACUACUACUCAGGAAGCACUGUGGAUCUUCUCUGUGAUAGUCGUCUUCCUGAUCCUUUUGUGGACGGGGCUGUUCUUUGCUGGGUCUCUCUAG